AUGGCCCUUGCUAAGAUACCCUUACUCCUACUCAAUUCGGUGGCUACCUAUAUCGCGCUUACUCCUCCUAAUCCCAAGGUGCCUGCAGAAGAACGCGCCAAAAACGUUUCUUUCACGGAGCAUAUAUUUUCUGCCAUUAUCAGAUCUUGGACCUUACUUCUGAAGGUCUCCACUUGCGGUUGGAGCAUUCUUGAGGUCGUUGUGAUUUUUGCGCGAAAUUGGCGCGCGCUCCCGCUCUCACAACAUGUUCUGAACACUCUCGUUAAUGGACCGCACGCUCUCGCAGACGAGAUCAAAAUCUCCACCAUGUUUUUAGUCGGCUGCAGCCUGGUCACUGGAGGUGCAUUAAUCCGUGCGCUCUGUUAUCGUACACUCGGACGUCACUUCACCUACGAGGUCGCUAUCUUGAAGAACCAUUCACUCGUGACCCGCGGACCAUACGCCUAUGUCCGACACCCUAGCUACACGGCUGCAAGCUUAUACGCGUUGGGGGUGACUAUGUGCUCUGUAUGUCGUGGUUCGUGGGCGGGAGAGUGCGGCGUCCUGGACAUUAUUACUGGGCAGAUUUUGGGGGUGUUCGACAUCAGUCUGUUAGUGUUGGGCGUGUAUGCCAUAGUCGUGAUGCGCAUGCCGCAGGAGGAUAUGCUAUUACGGGAGCAAUUUGGGGCACAGUGGGAAACGUGGGCGAGGAAGGUACCAUACAAACUCAUUCCGUAUGUAUACUGA